CUUUUGGUCUUGCUUUCCGGAGUGGGCGAGGAUCGUGGCUUUCUCAAUCAAACAAAAACCGUGUCAGCCCUCCGCAUUCUUCUCUAGUAAUAUAAACCAAAAAUGUAAGAUGACUCUUCCUGAUGAUAAACCGACGAGCGCUCUUGGAAGGAAGCAUCAGGCAUUUGAACACAAAGGUUGGUGCGACGAGUUUCUUGCUAUAUGUCUAGCUUGUGAUGCCUUCAACAAAUAACUGGGAUCUAGUGGUAGACGGGCUGUUAACCAACAGUGCGCGAGCCGCACAUUCUGGCUGAUUGGAUCAUUGGAAGUUGGAAGUUCAACAACAGGCCUCGAACCAGACCGCACCGCAACAUCAACAACGACAACAACAACAAUGGGGCGAGUGUCCGCCUUUGUCGCUAUUACCACGUACGUGGUGGUCGCUGAACUUUGAGAUUUUUGUUGCUGAUUAUUAUCAACACCACCACCACCACCACCACCACCACCACCACCAUCAUCAACAUGAUCGUGAACAUGCCGUAUUGUUAUUGAGGCAGUUCUUGGAAGGAGUUGGUGCCAAGAUUAGACGCCACCAGCACGUGCGUUUGUUGUGCACAUUGAAUCAAAAAGACUGACAAUGUAUUGCACGAAUAACCCACCCCCGAGGAAUGUCCAUUAACCACUGACUUCCAAGAUAACAGUUAUCAAGAAUCAAUCAACAUGAGUUACCUUCGAUCGCUCAAUCUCCAGCCCGAGUCUUUGAAGCAGACUUGUUUGGAUGUGUGGAUGCAGCAUGUGAUUCGACUCAUCCGAGAUGAGCAGAUCAUCCUCAGAGGCAAACUACCCGAAUUGUCCUCCCCGUCUUGUCAGUCAUUCAGUGGGGCUCUGAAAGUCUUGCACUCAUUCAAAUCAGAUCAGAUGGGUCAGGCCAGCAAUAAAAACAUCAUCAUCGACCCUCCCGCCCUAGCUCGUUAUCUCAAUGCCCAUUUGCCGCCUUCGGUACAAGAGGAGUCCUUUCAUCGUGGCGCCAACUUGGUCAAGAAGGAACUCUUCUUCGACAUGUUCCCACCCUAUUUUGGACUACUGUGGCGCCCUUCGUUCCACUUCUUGGAUCUACCCCCCAUUCGGGAAUUAUCAGACCGAGUUUUUGUUCUGGAUCUUUUGACGACCUCCCCGGCGGAGGGAACCUCGGAAGAGCACCCGCUUGGUUCAAUUGAGACGGCCAAAUUCCGCCUAUUUGACACCUGUGAGUUGAAUAUCGAGGAAUCCUACUUGAUGAAAAGAGUACUCAGACGCUUAACCAACUUGAAAAGCCUGGUUUUGUGGUGGGCCUGUGAUGAUACCAUGUUAAACAUCAUUGGAGCCAAUUGUGACGUUUUAGAGUCCUUGGAUGUGUGGCGUUCGUCGUCUGUGACGGAUCUCGGAUUGAAGAUGCUACUCUCCAGUGAUCAAACUCGUGAUGGAUCGUCCGUGUUGUGCCAUAGUUUGAAGAGUUUGGGCGUUAAAGAGACAAGUGUGACCCAUAUUGGUUGCGUCAUCGCCAUCAUCCGUUGCAAGCAUUUGGAGUUCCUCAAUUUUAGUCAUACCACAGUUGUCAAGGAUUUCUUUCUCGAGCUGAGAAAGCUCGACGAGUCUUCUAGUCCCCACGAGGCUCGAACCUACGCCCUCAAGUCACUUUUCGUACCCAUAACGCACGGUGUUGUUUUCAGGGAGUGUAUUCACGCCUUCCCCAAUUUGGAGGACCUACAACUGUGGACACCUGCCUCACAAAUUAGGGACUUCACCGCCAACGAUUUCCCCAAGCUGACCUCUCUCUUGUUUGGAGGGCUUCAUUCUGCUAGGCUUUUGGAACGAUUGGUUGAAGUUGUGGGAACGAAACUGACGACCCUCAAGAUUGAAUCCGUGCUCACGGAUAUCCCCUUGAACACCAUAGGGCAAUGUUGCCAGAAUCUCGUCCAACUCCAAGUAGUUAAUGGACGCUUGUCGGUGGGCGAGCACAUUUGCUCUCAAGCUGAACCGUGGUUCUUUGCCAAUCUGAAACUGCUGUACUUCUUUCUUGUCCAUUAUGUUCACAACGACAUGGACUCUAAUCCCGCCUAUCCCCAGGCAGCCUUACAUUGUAUCCUGAGCCACACUCGACAAAUUGAGGCCGUCACAGCCACAGGCUGUGCCAGUUUUGACGACGAGUCUCUCAAGGGCGUUCUAGCCGCCAAUCCCAUGACGAUGCUGAAACGCUUCACUAUGACCGGUAUUUCCUACUUGGAGACUCCCGAAGCACCUUUACCACUGACCUCCAUCUCCGUGAUCCGUUUGUACAACCAAUGCCAACAGCUAAAGUGCAUGGGAGAUCUGAAGCAUUGGAGUGUCCCACCCGCUGAACGAAAGCAAUUGUCAAAGAAAAUCCAAAGUAAUUCUCAUAGUAAUAAUGGAAACAAACGGAUCUCAUUUUCUAGCCUUUAAAGGUACCCCCCACAAUAAAAAUGUAAAGAAAAGCCCAUUACGAAGAUCGAAGAUUGGAAAAAAAGCAAUCACGUUGGGUUCAAAUACUUCUUCAACUGUCACGUGCUUGAAUCACAUAGUAAUAAUAAAAAUCAAUCAUUCAUUUUUCCAGGACCAAUGAUCCUAUUUAAGAAUUGAAGCAUAACCAUUUGGCUCACCCUAAAAUGGCUCUCACUAAAUAGUGAGCAAAAAGACCUAACAAAGCAAAUUGCAGUCCAUGAAGCCCCAAUAUGGAGUUAGCACCCGAGAUGGUGAGCAUGCUUUGAAUUCUUUUCCAUGAUCCAGCAUGAUCUUCCAUUGGAAUCCGAAGAAGCAUGGAGAUUAUUUGAUAGAAAUCCACGAUUUCGACAGGUUUGUAGUUGACAUGAUCUUUCUUGAAAUCUGGACCCAUGAACACAGCCACAGUGUCCAUAUCC